CAAGUUAUUGUAGGAGGUCCCUAUUUAUCAUUACGACAUUGUAGUGCCUAAACUUUUCACAUUUUAUAUAUUGGUCCAAGCUUCCAUGGAAAACCUGUCGCAGCUUGUCAACUUCGGAGCUGCGUAUAACGAUCUGGUGAGACGAAUUCCUGAAACCAUCGGUCUACUUUCGAGGCUGAACUUGAUUGCAGUUGGCGUUAAUCAACUUUCUGGUACAAUUCCUCUGUCUCUGUACAAUGAAGUCUCCAAUUUGGAGAUUUUGUGCAGUAGAAUCAAUAAGCACUUUAUUAUUCAUUACAUAAAAAUACUAUUGAUUAUGUAAACUUACACAAUGUUAUCUUGUCGCUACACACAUAAAUUCAAAAAAUAAAAUUUGAUAAAAGAAUUAAUAAAUACUUACAUUUUCAAAGUUCCCUUUGACUUCCGCAUGGACAUAUCUUUAUCAUGAUUGAUCUUCGUUGAAAAAACGCGCCUAAGAAUCUGAAAAGAUGAAGAAGCAGCAGCCUCCUGUCUUAGAGACCAGCAACGAAACGAAACGAUAUGGACAUUGCAGUUUCACACACAAAAAACUUUCUUUUCAAAUCCAUGGCGACUCAAAUCAACCCUUUAAUCAACUUCACCUUGCUCCUCUCACUCAACCUGUUCUUCUUCACACGGGCUUCCAGCAACAACCACACCGAUCGACUCGCGCUGCUAGAAAUCAAGGACAGCAUAACCAACGACCCAGAUGGAGUUUUCAGCUCAUGGAACGAUUCCCUCCAUUUCUGCAGCUGGCCUGGCGUCCAAUGCACAAGUGACGAUGACAGAGUCACAUCCCUGUUGCUGCCAGAGCUUAACCUGGCAGGCACUCUGCCUCCACACAUCGGCAACCUCAGCUUCCUCAGGUUCAUCAACAUCGAGAACAACACCUUCCAUGGCGAAAUCCCACCACAACUAGGCAACCUGCUUCAACUCCAGCACUUCAACGCCAGCAGGAACUCAUUCACUGGCAUGAUUCCACACAACUUAAGCCGUUGCUCCCAGCUCCGGAUCCUGACGCUGGCCUCCAACAAGCUACAAGGAAAUAUCCCUGCAGAGCUCGGCUCUUUAUCAAAGCUGGAGAUCCUCAGGAUUGGGCAGAACUCGCUCACCGGAUCUCUCCCGGCUUCCUUGGGAAACCUGUCGCAGCUUGUCAACUUCGGAGCUGCGUAUAACGAUCUGGUGGGACGAAUUCCUGAAACCCUCGGUCGACUUUCGAGGCUGAACUUGAUUGCAGUUGGCGUUAAUCAACUUUCUGGUACAAUUCCUCUGUCUCUGUACAAUGUGUCAUCCAUCUACAUCAUGACAUUUACUUUCAACAAGCUGGAAGGCAGGUUGCCUGAGAACCUAGGCCUCACUUUGAGGAACAUAGGCUACUUUCACGUUUCCAGGAACAAUCUAGUCGGGACGAUCCCCGAAUCGUUCUGCAAUGCUUCAAAGCUAGUAGACAUCAACAUGAACAUGAAUCAUUUCGAGGGCAGGAUUCCGAACUGCCUUGGGAGUUCGGGAGGACUUCUGGCGCUAGAGGUUGCUGGUAACAAUCUCGGUUACAAUUCGACAGGCGAUUUCGAUUUCCUGACAUCGUUGGCAAACAGCAGUCAGCUGGAUAGCAUAGGUCUGGACAUGAACAACCUAGGAGGCGAACUUCCUCGAUCUGUUGGAAAUCUUUCAUCAACCCAGUUUGAGAGGUUGAACAUUGCUUCCAACCAGAUCAGUGGUGUUAUACCUGAAGCGCUGCAGAAUCUAGUUGGGCUAUCAGAGUUGGAGCUGCAGUCAAACCUUCUUAAAGGCCCACUUCCUUCAUUUUUGGGCAAGCUCUGGAAUUUACAGCGACUCAGCUUGCAAGGGAAUGAAUUCUCUGGCCGCAUUCCUGACUCCAUAGGGAAUCUACAACGACUGUUCGACCUCGACCUGUCGUGGAACAGCCUGGAAGGUCUCAUUCCAGCUGGUCUUGGAAAUUGCAUGAGUCUAACUUCCAUCGACAUUUCCUACAAUAAUCUCAAUGGAGAAAUACCUGCAGAGUUAAUGAACAUAUCUUCCUUAGCCAAAUUGCUCAACUUGUCCCACAAUUCGCUUAGCGGUAAGCUACCUCCUGAGAUAGGGAAGCUGGCUAAUCUGAAUACAAUGGAUAUCUCUCACAAUAACCUGUCCGGUGAGAUUCCUAGCACGAUCGGGAAUUGCGAGAGCAUGGAGCAUCUGUUCAUGCAGUCGAAUUCCUUCUACAAGGGCGUUCCUUCGUCAUUGGCUUCCAUGAAAGGCCUCAGGGAACUUGACCUCUCCCACAACAGUUUGACAGGAGAAAUCCCACAGAAGUUGCAGGAUGUGAAGGUCUUCCAGCAUCUGAACCUUUCUUUCAACAACCUCCACGGUGAAGUGCCAAGUGGAGGGAUAUUUGCAAAUGCUACUGCCGUUUCUAUAAUGGGAAAUCCUCUGCUUUGCGGAGGUGUCAUGGACCUUCAUCUUCCCAAAUGCACAACGCGACCAGCAUCUUCUUCUAGUCGUCGUUCCCUAAAUCGCAGGGUUAAGCUCGCUGUCAUAGUGGUUUCUGUAUCUCUAUCCCUUCUGCUGUUGCUAGUCUUUCUUUUGCUGUACAGGAACAAGAGAUGGAAGAAGCAGGAAUCCGUUGAGGAACCAACAUUGGACCAAUUUGUGAGGGUUUCCUACAACGACCUGCACAAAGCAACCAACGGGUUCUCUCCCAACAAUGUAGCAGGUUCUGGCGUGUUUGGUACAGUCUAUAAAGGGAAGCUUGAUCAAGUGGAAACACCGGUAGCGAUUAAGGUACUCAACCUGAAUCACGAUCGAGCUUACAAGAGCUUAGCCGCGGAAUGCAAUGCAUUGAGGAGCAUUCGUCACCGAAACCUUGUAAAGGUUGUGUCGUUCUGCUCCAGUACGAACCACAGUGGCAAUGAUUUCAAAGCUCUAGUGUUUGAGUACAUGGAGAAUGGAAGUCUAGAGAAUUGGCUGCACGAGAUGCCACAAGUCGAUGGUGUCCAUCGAUCGAACAACAAGUUGAAUCUGGUUCGAAGGUUGAACAUUGCAGUAGAUGUGGGAUCAGCAAUGCACUACCUCCACGAUCACUGCGAGACGCCAAUCGUUCAUUGCGAUUUGAAGCCUAGCAACGUUCUGCUGGAUGCUGACAUGGUGGGACGUGUUAGCGAUUUCGGCCAGGCAAGACUCGUUUCGUGUGACGGAUUAUCUCAAAGCAACAACACGAGCACAACAACAGGGGUGAAGGGAACCGUUGGUUAUGCUGCUCCAGAAUAUGGGAUGGGUUCUGCAGUGUCGAAGCAAGGCGAUGUGUACAGUUUCGGAAUCCUUGUCCUGGAAAUGUUCACAGGAAAGAGACCGACCGAUGAAAUGUUCAGAGAUGGUAUGAACCUCCGUGGUUAUGUCAAGGCCGCGACUGCUUCCGGAGACAACAAUGUCAUCACCUUGGUGGGAGAUUCGUUUCUUUUUUUCUCCAUCGACGACGACGAGGACCAAGAAGGCAAGAGGUGUUUAGUGUCAUCAGUACUUGAAGUUGGGAUAGCUUGCUCAGCUGAAUCCCCUGGAGAACGGAUGAACAUGGCGGAUGCCACUAGAAGAUUGAAAUCCAUCAGGGAUCUGUAUGUAAUGUAACAGUACAGAUGGACCAGGAAGUUGACGUCGGUUAGGGAUGCUUUUAUAUAUAACCUCUAAAAUUAGGUACUAAAUCUGCAACGAAACUAAAAUUUAUAUGGCACCCGAUCAAGGUUGUCAAACCGGUUUGUGCCAGUGUGCCGGUUUAGCAAGUGAAAUGGUUCGACCAGUGGUACAUACCGGUUUGUGCCGGUUCAUGCCGCUUAAUAUUACAAAUAAUUUAGUAAUUUACAAAUACCCAUAUUUAAGCACGACAAUAACAUCAACAUUUAACUUUUUAACCCAUAAAAUAAAUAAUAAAUUACUUUUUAUCUAAUAAAUUCACUAAUAUAAGAUCAUUUUACUUAGAGAUUUGUAUAUCAAUCAUGUCUGUAAUACCGAUGAUAUCAUACUGAUUUUAUAACCAGUACAAGUUGAACCAGUGACACGCCGGCCGGCGUGACAACCAUGCACCCGAUACUAUUUAUUUAGUUUACCCAAAUAAAGGAACCAAACCAAAGCGGCCAAGAUGAAUAUUCCGGUCCGGUGAGUUGACCUAAGCAAACUCGGUAAUCGGUCGAAAGACCUCUGCCUUCGGAGGGCGGAGGGCGGAGAGCGACAUAGUCACCUCUUUCAAACCCUGGAAGUAACAGAGGGAACGUCUUCGAUUUCCAUGCAAGAAAUAGCAAAUCCAGAAUCGUUUUGCUGAAAUUUCAGGUAAGCCGAACAUUGAUUGUAUGAAUCUUCUACUUCUCUCGUUCGUCAAAUUUAGUCGGAUUCUUCUGCAUUUAUAGUUAGUUUCCUCAUCUGAUUCGCCGUUAGGGUUUCAGCAAUUUUGUUUACGAUGUUUGCCCUAUUUACCUGAUUACGGGGACGAGAUCUCCUUGAUUAUCAAGGAUCUGAAUUCAUCUCAGUUUCGCGUCAUGCUUGUCUGCGGAAAUCAUGGCUGAAUCCUUUCAUGAGCUGUCAAGAUUUUGUUAUUAUUUUGCCGUCGGCCUUACCCUGAAUGCUUCUGCUAUAUGACUUGUGGUGUGUCGAUGCUGAAGAUGUCGGCUUUCGAGAAUGUGGUUGGUGGGAAGCUGAAGCUGAAGGGCAAGGCUCUGGAUGUGAAGGCUGGUGGAACAAAGAAGAAGAAGAAGCAUAAGAAAGUGCGGGACGAGGUUUCUCAGGUCAUUGAAAGUGAGCUCACAGCAGCAUCAGGUUAGAAAUAUCUCCACUUGUUAGCGUGAGCAUUAAUUUCGUUUCUACGAUUCUGUUUCUGUAUUGUGAUCUACGAUUUUGCUUCAGCAAUUCUCUCUUAUGGAUGGGAGAAGGGAGUGUUGAAUGCAUAAUGCUGUAAAUGCCUAGUAUGCAGUUGAUCUCUUAUUUUUACCAUGUAGUGCAUGGGUGUUAAUAUGUGGAAGAAACAAUAGAUCUAUUUAUGCUGCGCGAGUAACCUUCAUAUGAGUGGUAAAGGGAUUAGGCCAAAUAGAUGGGCAUCAAUUCAUUGUUGGGCUGCAGAUUCCGCAUCAUGUUCUACUGCUCUUAUCCUGAUGGGCAGAAUGCUUCGUGCUAUCUUAUUCAUAUACGUGAUCACCUGCUAUUGAAUGUGGCUCUUGAAACAUCGGCAGAUUCUGAAAAUAGCUUUGUGUGCAUCCAAAAGGUCCUUCCAAUGGCUUUAAACUGCUUACUUCAACUUUGUUGUCCCUGAACAUGGGUCCAAACCGAGUUUGGGGAUUUACAGUUGCAAUUCAGUGAUUGAAUUCUUGAUGCUAAACAUUUUGAGAUCACUUGAUAGGUAAAGCUGUUGAAGAAUCAAGUGAUGUCAAUGAAGAAGUCGCAGAAGACACCGGCAAAUUGAACAACGAAGACAAGUCUGAGUCUUACAAGGACCAUUUAACUGCUGCAGAGAAACGAUAUAUAGAGCAGAGAGAGAGGCUGGACCGACACAAGAUGGCGAAAGAAGCCAACAAAUCACAUAGGGACAGGAUCCAAGGUUUCAAUCAGUAUCUGGCUAAUAUGAGCGAGCACUACGACAUUCCUAAAGUCGGGCCUGGCUGAAAGGAACCACACUUGUUCUGGGUCAAUCAAUGUUCACUGGUAUUUUCGGUCAAUGUUCUCACCGUGGUGCCAAGGUCAUCUGGUGGUUGUGUUAAAACUUAAAACAACCGGUGUUAUAUUUUCUAGCACUCAUCAGUUUCUGUAGAAAUGUAUUAUUAUUUGAUUUGUUUCUUCUAAAUGCAUGGAUCAAUAUACUGGAACUCUUUUAGCUUAGAACCCCCACUUAUCUGGAAACUACUCGUCCUUUCUCCAAGUUAGUUGUCUUGUCCUUCAAGGCGAAAUGGUUGGGGGAUGAAUGCUAUCUUUCACAGCAAGAUCGUAGCGUUUGUUUGAUGAGCCUCCAAGGCUCCAACUAGUUAUUUUGGUAGGUCGUUUGAUGAAUAUAGUGGAUCGUGAAAUAGAUAAUGAAGCUCUUUCUCAAAACCAGAUGCCUUCUGCCAGGUUGACCAUAAUGAAUCUCUGGAGCACAA